UUGGCGCUGCCUACAGAGGUAGCAGCGAUCUCCUCCUCAGCAUCAUGGCUGCCCUUAGACCCCUUGUGAAACCCAAGAUCGUCAAAAAGAGAACCAAGAAGUUCAUCCGGCACCAGUCAGACCGAUAUGUCAAAAUUAAGCGUAACUGGCGGAAACCCAGAGGUAUUGACAACAGAGUUCGUAGAAGGUUCAAGGGCCAGAUCUUGAUGCCUAACACUGGUUAUGGGAGCAACAAGAAAACAAAGCACAUGCUGCCCAGUGGCUUCCGGAAGUUCCUGGUCCACAACGUCAAGGAGCUGGAAGUGCUGCUGAUGUGCAACAAAUCUUACUGUGCUGAGAUCGCUCACAAUGUUUCCUCCAAGAACCGCAAAGCCAUUAGCCUGCACAAUGAUGCUGUUGACAUUAGUGUGGAAACUUUGCCGUUAUCAAUAGAGUUACCUAAAGUUAAACCAAAAUAA